AUAAUGAUAUGCGUCACGUAAAUAAUAGUUCAUAGAGCCUGAACGGCCAGUGAAGUGCUGGAAGGUGGAGGACAAGGACCCUUCAGGAUGGCCGCCAUUUUGUGCUUGAUGCUAGCGAUGGCGGCGACUACGCAGGCAGUGGACAUCAACAUACUGACCACGCCGACGCUGCAGGCGCGGCUCGAAAACAACCCUUAUGGAGGACUCAACCUGUUACUUAAACGAAAGGGACUAUCUGAAGUGGUAGCAGUAAUCGGGCGGCGCACCGGCGCGAUCAAAGACGUGGUCCAAGACGGCGACGUUGUGAUCCAGUUCGCCAACGACACGUCCAUGCGGGUGUCGGUGGAGGCGGCGGGGGGAGGCCAGAUACUUACUAUUAGUUGGGAGGCACCUAAGGGCAUGAGGUUGGAGGACUGCGUUAAUUUAGGCUCCCGACACUGGUACGGCGGUCCUCAGCAGAAGCGACAGUACUGGCCGAUAGAGCGCCUGACCCUCGUUGACUACUCCUACGUCACCAAGGAAGCCGACAACUGCGGCAUCGCCGAGCCCUACUGGCUUAACUCCGAAGGCAUCUUCUACUACUUAGACAAGAAAGUCCCUUUAUUCGUCGACCAAAAUGACUUGGAGAAAAACGCAGCGUGUUUCGUAGCUCAAGUCAAACCUCCCUAUUCGAGUAAGCGAGAGAGAAAUGAGCUAGUAUAUGCCGUAGGCAUCUUUGAUGAUGUCAGAAAGGCACAUGAAUACGCGGUGGGUAAAUAUCUUGGUAAGCCAAGCGGCGUACCUGAUCCAUUGAUGAUUAAGUAUCCAAUUUGGUCAACAUGGGCAAGGUAUAAAACUAACGUUGACCAUGAAACAGUUCUAAAAUUCGCAGAUGAGAUCAACAGCUAUGGAUUCCCUAAUAGCCAGUUGGAAAUUGAUGAUCUUUGGGAAACCUGCUACGGAUCCCAGACAGUGGAUGUAGAUAGAUUUCCGGAUAUGAAGAACACAGUGCAAAUGCUGAAAGCGAAGGGAUUCAGGGUGACGGUUUGGACACAUCCGUUCAUCAAUAAGGGAUGCGAGCCGUGGUAUACGGAAGCGCUUAACAAAGGCUACCUGGUCUUCUCGGAGUACGGCUCCGUGGAGACGAGCUGGUGGAACGACAAUGAGACGACAACGGCCUACAUCGACUUCACGAAGCCGGAGGCGAGGAACUGGCACAUUGGGAGACUGAAGAACCUUCAGAACGCAUAUGGCUUCGACAGCUAUAAGUUUGACGGGGGGGAGUCGGAUUGGUCGCCGCAGAUUCCGGUACUUAAAGGCGACAUCCGCGACCAGCCUGGAGUGAUCACCGCCGAUUAUGUUCGAGCCGCCGCCACGUUCGGGCCCAUCACCGAAGUCCGAGCUGGCUACAGGACGCAAGACCUCCCGAUCUUCGUGCGCAUGAUCGACAAGGACACGUACUGGACGUUCGAGAACGGUCUCCCAACUCUAAUUACAACGCUGCUUCAGAUGAACAUCAACGGGUAUCCGCUCGUGUUACCUGAUAUGAUUGGAGGGAAUGGGUAUAACGAGGCUCCGACCAAAGAGCUAUUCAUCCGAUGGCUUCAAGCCAACACUUUCAUGCCCAGCAUGCAGUUCUCAUACGUGCCGUGGGACUUUGACAAUGAGACGAUCGCAAUAAGCAAGAAGUUCGUACAGCUCCACGCCAAGUACGCCGAUCAGAUUGUAGCCGCGUGCGCGCGCGCCGCGCAAACCGGCGCGCCCGUCAACCCGCCCAUUUGGUGGAUCGACCCUACUGACACCACUGCGCAUGACAUUUGGGACGAAUACCUCCUCGGCGAGAGCAUCCUGGUGGCGCCCGUGGUGGAGCGCGGCGCGCGCGCGCGCGACGUGUACCUGCCGGCCGGCGCGUGGCGCGCGCAGGGCGCGCCCGGCGCGACGCUGCGGGGCGGCGACUGGAUACGCAACUACCCGGCGCCGUUGGAUACCCUACCCUACUUUGUUAGAGAGUAAUAUUAUGUUAGUGUGAUUGUAGGGUGGCUAAAACAUGACUCAAUGAUAAUAUACUUCUAAUUUUCUAAGUUUAUCAACAUUUCACACUCUUCUCGCCCCACGGAAGAGUAAUAUUAUCUAAAGUGCUUUUUUUAACACGCUUUUAUUAGGUCGAUCUGUAUGUAACUAUGUAAUGGAAUCUAAGGUCCAUUUAACCACCUUCCAAGGAUCGUAGCGUCAUGAAAAUUGGCAGCUGUAUGUAGUUCUGAUGACAAUACAAUAAUAUGGUACUGUCGAACUGAUCCGAUGAUGGAGCCGGAAGAUAUGAACUGGAACUUCAUGAUGGAACAUCGUAGGGCUGUGUUUGGAUUUGUUAGAAGUCUUGUGAACAUCGACCACGAUUAGGUUUCAAGGUCUGAUGAUGAAGCCGGAAGAUAGGCCCUGGCAUUCCAUGAUGGAAUAUCGUAUCAUAAUCGUGUUUGCACUUGUGAGAAAGGUCACGUAAUGGACUUUGAACACGAUCAGGUUUCACAUUUAAAAAAGCGUCUUUCUAGUGUUUUUUAAACUAUUAAUUAUUCUUACAUAAUAUCUGAAUAAAUCAUGUUAACAAAGGAGAUAAUAUAUAGGUAAAUUUUAUUUUUAAAAAUACUAUCGACACAUAAUCUACAGUAAAGUUAAUAUCAACUGAGCUUUUCGGCUUGGGCUAGUGCAGUGCAAAGUCCAACUAAUAUUAGUUCAACUAUUACCAACAUUUUAUUUAUUAAUUUUUAUACCUUAUAUUUAUUUUGGCUUUAUGUUGUAUUUAUCUCCUAUGAUAAGAACAGUUUGUCACACCAUAUAUGAUCAAAUUAUAAACACGAAUCGUUAGAGCUCUCUCAGGAAACCCGAUUCGAUAUUCCACUCUCGUUAACAAUUUUAGCCA